AUGGAGCUCAGCGUCCUCCUCCUCCUGGCUGUCCUCACAGGGCUCUUGCUGCUCAUGACUAGGGGCCAGCCAAAGACUCAUGGACGUCUCCCUCCGGGCCCCCGCCCCCUGCCUUUCUUGGGGAACCUCCUGCAGAUGGACAGAAAAGGUCUGCUCAAUUCCUUCCUGAAGAUUCGAGACCAGUACGGGGAUGUGUUCACUGUGUACCUGGGACCAAGGCCAGUGGUCAUGCUCUGUGGGACAGAGGCCAUCCGGGAGGCUCUGGUGGACCAAGCUGAAGCCUUCUCUGGCCGGGGGAAAAUCGCUGUGCUUGACCCAGUUUUCCAGGGUUAUGGUGUGGUCUUUGCCAAUGGAGAACGUUGGAAGGCCCUUCGGCGAUUCUCUCUGGCCACCAUGAGGGAUUUCGGGAUGGGAAAACGGAGUGUGGAGGAAAGAAUCCAGGAGGAGGCUCAGUGUCUGGUGGAGGAGCUGCGAAAAACCAAGGGAACUCUCCAGGAUCCUACCAUGUUCUUCCACUCCAUCACUGCCAACAUCAUCUGCUCCAUUGUCUUUGGGAAACGUUUCUCCUACCAAGACCCAGAGUUCCUUCGACUGCUGGACUUGUUCUUCCAAACAUUUGCCCUUACAAGCUCCUUCUCCGCCCAGGUGUUUGAACUCUUCCCUGGCUUCUUGAAGUACUUCCCUGGAGCACACAGGCAGAUCUAUAGAAACCUGCAGGAGAUCAAUGCCUUCAUUGGUCGCAGUGUGGAGAAGCACCGUGAGACUCUGGACUGCUCUGCUCCCCGUGACUUCAUUGAUACCUACCUGAUCCGCAUGGACAAAGACAAGUCCGACCCCAGUACUGAAUUCAACAAGAAGAAUCUCAUUAUCUCUGCACUUUCGCUCUUCUUUGCUGGCACGGAGACCACGAGCACCACACUCCGCUAUGGAUUCCUGCUCCUGCUCAGAUAUCCCCACAUCACAGAGAGAGUCCAGAAGGAGAUCGACCAGGUGAUUGGCUCACACCGUGCUCCAGCCCUCAGUGAUCGUGUGAACAUGCCAUACACUGAUGCCGUCAUCCACGAGAUUCAGAGAUUUGCGGACCUCCUCCCUAUUGGGGUGCCUCACAUUGUCACCAAGGACACACAUUUUCGAGGGUACAUCAUCCCGAAGGGUACAGAAAUAUUUCCCAUCCUGAACUCUGCUCUCAAUGAUCCACAUUACUUUGAGAAGCCAGAAACCUUCAACCCUGAACAUUUUCUGGAUGCCAACGGGGCAUUAAAGAAGACUGACGCUUUCAUGCCCUUUUCUAUAGGGAAGCGCAUUUGUCUUGGAGAAGGCAUCGCCCGCACGGAAAUAUUCCUCUUUUUCACCACCAUUCUGCAGAACUUCACCUUGGCUACCAGCAUGGCCCCUGAGGACAUCGACCUCACUCCCAAGGAGAAUGGUGUGGGCAGACUGCCCCCACCAUACAAGAUCCGCUUCCUGCCUCGCCAGGGAGACUAA